AUGACUCGCCAGCGAUAUCCUCCACGCCUAACAUAUCCCUACUAUGCCCCAGCAGAGACACUUCCGGCUCCCCUGCCGACCGUCCCAGAGAUCCUCGCAUCGGAGGAAGUCUUUCCCUGUAUUUUCCAGAAGCGCACUAUCCGCAAGGUUGGAGACCACUUCAUCGUCAAGCAUGGAGACAUCAAGCUAGACGAGGCCGACAACAUGCACCUGGUCGCCUGGUCCUGCGGCGACCGGGUCCUUGUGCCAAAGCUAUACGCCGCCUUCCACGACGAAGACACCGGUGCCAACUUCAUCGUCAUGGAGUAUGUACACGGCAAGUCCAUGGAGUCGCUGUGGACGGAGCUCGGCCCGGUAGGCAGGCACCGGGUCGCCACGAAGCUGAGAAAGCAAUUCCAGAGCCUGCGCGAUAUGCCUGCAGAGGGUUACUACGGCAGGCACGGCCGCAGGCCCUACGAUGACAUCUUCCUCGGCUCCGACACGUUGCCCUGUGGCCCAUUCCCAAGCGAGUUUCUGCUCAACCAGGCCUUCUUCAGACGAUAUGUUUUCCUGCAUCCCGAGGUCGCGGAGGGCCGAGGCACCUUCUACCGCGACCGCGUGUUCCCAAUGGUCAUGACGGGCCACAAGCCCGUCUUCACCCACGGCGACCUGCAGGCCAAGAACAUCCUGGUCCGCGACUCGGACGGCGCCCCUGUCCUCAUCGACUGGGAGUGCGCGGCCUGGUACCCGGAGUACUGGGAGUACACCAACGCGCUGUGGACGAGCCGCCGCUGGGGGGAUGACUGGUUCCGGUUCGUGGGCUUGUGCCUGAAGGAGUAUGUGGUCGAGUUCAAGUGCAUGGAGAACCUCUUGGACGACCUCCUGGAUGCCCCACGGCCUGGUGACCCGGGCACGUCCUGA